CGCCAAGCAGGAAUGUCGUUCUGCCUGCUGUGCUUACUCUUAGGUCUAGUUUUUGGGUGCAUCCCCGCCAGCGCGGCGCAGAUUUGCGAGGCGCAGGGCUGGCGUAGCUACGAGUGCCGCGAGCUGAGCAGUCUGCAGGAGCUGAUCAAGGUCAAGGCAUUUCCCACCGACAACUGGCAUAGGCUCAGCAUCAAGAAUCAGCACACUGAGUUUAGCAUAGGCACAGCCUCGAGUGCUGAAAGCUUGUCCAGCCUAAGCGACUUGGAUUUGUCGCAAGUGCCACAACUGUUGCUGCAGCGUCGUGGCUUCUCCAUUUUGCCGCAGCUCAAGCAUUUGAAUAUUAGCGGCUGCGGUCUGACUCAGCUCUUGGGCACGCAUUUCGCCAGCGAGUCGGCGCUGCAGAUGCUCGAUGCCAGCAACAAUGGCCUGUCCACGCUCACAAAGGAUGUCUUUAGCAAUUUGCGUAAAUUGAUUUAUGUAAAUUUGACGCAGAAUGCGCUGCAAGAGUUUGCCAUGCCGCCCAUGGCGCAGCUGCAGCAACUGGAUCUCAGUCACAACGCAUUGUUGAAUGUAAGCCUGAGCGCCUGUGCGCAUUUGGAGCAACUGCUGCUCAACGACAAUCAGCUGGAGCAGCUUGAUGCCUUGUCUUUCCGUGGUCUCAAUACGCUGCAGCAUUUGCAGCUGAGCUACAAUUCGCUCAGCAAUAUAGGCAAGGACACCUUUCAGCCGCUGGUGCAGCUGCGGCGUUUGAAUAUAUCCCACAAUGUGUUGGGUGCACUGCGUCCUCAAGUGUUUGGCUCUGCCGCAGUGCAAUCGUUUAGCUUGCAGCAAUUGGAUCUGUCCGGCAACAGUUUGCGUUUGCUUUUCGACAAUCAGUUUCGCCUGCUGGCCAAGCUGCAGCUGCUGGAUCUUUCCCAAAACAGCAUUGCCAGCCUGAGUAGUCCACACUUUGCUGGACUCAGCUCGCUGCGCAAAUUGUAUUUACAAUCAAAUGACAUACUGGAGAUAAAGCCGCACACCUUUGCAGCAUUGGUGGAUCUGGAUACGCUAGAUUUAUCCUACAACAACAUAGAAUCGCUGGAUGACGACGCUUUUGGCAGCAAAACGCUGCCACGACUGCGUAAACUCAAUCUCAAUGCCAACAAUCUGAAGCGUCUGCAUGCGCUGGCCUUCUCCUCACUGCCUUUUGUGGAGUAUUUGUCGCUGGGCAAUAAUGAUCUACGCAACUUGGAUGUGCGUAUGUUUUUGCCCAUGCGUCAGCUGCAGAAACUGCAUCUGGGGCACAAUGAGAUCACAGAGAUUGACAGAGAUGUGCUGUCAAGUCUGAGCAGCGUGCAGGAGCUGCUCAUAGACAACAACAAGCUGACAUUCUUGCCCUACGUGAAUGAUACGUUGCCGCAGUUAAAGCGCGUGGCCAUCGAAGGUAAUCCCUGGCAGUGUGCCUGCUUUGUCAAGCUGGAACGCUGGCUGCAGUCCAAGCAGGUAACCUAUUUGCGUGAGGGCACUGGCUAUUACGAUGGAGAGAAGCCGCUGUGCGCAGUUACCUCGUCGAAUCAUUGCGUGCAGAGCGUAGAGGCGGAUCAGCAUUUGGACGUAAGGUUUGAGUUUGAGCAGCUGCAUGAGGCCAGGCAGUCCGAGGAAGACAGCGCAGUGCAAGACUGAUAAAAGUGUGCCGUUUUAGUUAAGUUAUUUAAGCUG